AUGGUUGAAUCCUUACCAGACAUCAGUGUACCUGAGGCGUUGUAUGCCUUGGCGCGAGCGCCAUGCCGGACCAAACGAGCGGCAUGUGCAAGAGCACUGACGAGCAUUGUAGCUGGUGAGGUGCAGGUGUUGGAGGAGAUUCUCGAUGAGUCCCAAGGGAAGCACCCGGAGUUUGGAGGCGUGCUGCCUGAUGGCCGCGGUGUCCUGUCGGUUGUGCUGGAAGAUUUGGCUUGCCAUACCGUAGACGACACCGAGGCGUUCGCAGAUUUACUUCUGCAAUGUACAGAUUUCGAUGCCAAUUGGGAUGACAGUGAUGAAUGGAACACUUUGACUUUGCAAGCUGUUGACUACUUGAGGCAGGAUCUGAAAGCAGAGGCUUUUAUCCUUGUCGCAGAGUCCAGCAAAUCCUCGGUGGUGCGCGAGAAG